AUGGAUCGGGCUGCGAUGACGGUUGGACCGGGUAUGGAUAUGCCGAUCAUGCACGACAGCGACCGUUACGAUCUAGUCCGUGAUAUCGGGUCCGGAAAUUUCGGUGUUGCUAGGUUGAUGCAAGAUAAGCAGACUAAGGAGCUUGUUGCCGUCAAGUAUAUCGAACGUGGUGAUAAGAUAGAUGAAAAUGUGAAGAGAGAAAUCAUUAAUCACAGGUCUUUGAGACACCCUAACAUUGUUAGGUUUAAGGAGGUUAUUUUAACUCCUACUCAUCUUGCUAUUGUAAUGGAGUAUGCAUCUGGAGGAGAACUAUUCGAGCGAAUCAGUAAUGCUGGGCAUUUUUCUGAGGAUGAGGCUCGGUUCUUCUUUCAACAACUCAUAUCUGGGGUCAGCUACUGCCAUGCAAUGCAAGUAUGUCACCGGGACCUGAAGUUGGAAAAUACUUUGUUGGAUGGAAGCCCGACUCCUCGUCUGAAGAUAUGUGAUUUUGGUUACUCCAAGUCUUCAGUGCUUCAUUCACAACCAAAGUCAACUGUGGGAACUCCUGCAUAUAUUGCUCCAGAAGUGUUACUGAGACAAGAGUAUGAUGGAAAGAUUGCAGAUGUUUGGUCUUGUGGAGUAACCUUAUACGUGAUGCUAGUGGGAUCAUAUCCCUUUGAAGAUCCUAACGAGCCAAAGGAUUUCCGGAAGACAAUACAGAGAGUACUCAGUGUCCAGUAUUCCAUUCCAGACGCUGUUCAAAUAUCCCCAGAGUGUCGCCACCUUAUCUCAAGGAUCUUUGUUUUUGACCCUGCAGAGAGAAUUACCAUGCCUGAAAUCUGGACACAUAAAUGGUUUCUGACGAAUCUUCCCAUGGACCUGAUGGAUGAGAAGAUAAUGGGUAACCAAUUUGAAGAGCCCGAACAACCUAUGCAGAGCAUUGAUACAAUCAUGCAGAUAAUUUCAGAAGCUACUAUACCAGCAGCUGGAACCUGUUCUUUAGACCAGUUUAUGGCAGAUAACAUUGAUAUGGACGAUGAAUUUGAUGAUUUGGAAUAUGAAUCUGAGCUUGAUAUAGAUAGCAGUGGAGAGAUAGUGUAUGCCAUUUACUAG